AUGGUUGGACUUCGCAGUCCUGUCUGGCUGUGGGCCACUGCGGUCCUUUGUCAGGCAGGGUACAUUCUGUCUUGGCAACAAGAGCCAUUUAUAGUAGCGUCAUCCAACAUAUCUGAAUGCCCGUCUUACUCACGCCCUGAGCUCCGUGUAGCGAUCAUCGGUGCUGGUGCAUCGGGCACGACAGCUGCCUACCUGCUAUCUAAGGCACAAGAGCGACUACAUGAGGUGCAUAUGCAAGGGUUGCCUGGAUGCGAGGGUGCCGUAUGGCCUGAACGCGUGCAAACGACCGUGUACGAGCGUGAUCGUGUGGGUGGGCGUGUGCAUCAUGUGCAUCCGCUGGACGACCUGCAGCAGGCACCCGUGGAAAUGGGUGCUAGCAUCCUAUCGAGUGCGAACCAGCACAUCCUGUAUGCUACUGACAAGUUUGGCAUAAAGCGCGUACCACCUGAACAGAUUCACGGUGGUGGCUACGGUCUUUGGAACGGAAAAGAGGUGCUGAUCGAUCAAUUUUCUGAUACAAAAUGGGAUCAACUUCGGCUGUAUUGGCGGUACGGGCGCAGUCUGUCUAUUGCUUUCCAGCUCAUGCAACGCGCUCUCACAUCGUUUCUGCAAUUAUACUCCCCAAUGUUUUUGCAGGAAAGGUCCAGUCCCACCUCCAAGUCAGGCUUUCCGUGGUCUAGCGUGAAAGGCCUCGCGCACAGUCUGGGGCUGCAGGAUCCUAGCACCGUAUCAACCAAAAACUAUUAUAUGUCGCACAAGGUAUCAGCGGCCUUCGUGGAUGAAGUGAUAAAUGGCGUCACACGCGCCAAUUAUGCUCAACAUGUCGAGCACAUCCAUGCAUUGGCCGGUAUGGUAUCUAUGGCCGCCACAAAUGCAUUUUCUAUGGAAGGCGGGAAUACCCAGAUAUUCGAGCGGAUGCUAGCAGCUAGUGGUGCCACCGUCCACACGGGCAUAGCAGGCCAAGUGACUGGCCUGAUGCGCAUGCAAGGCGCGUCGUCUCAGUGGUGGGUCGGUACACGCGACGGGCGUGGCAGCGUGUUUGAUGCCGUGAUCAUUGCGACGCCCUGGCAGUCUGCUCAUAUCACACUGCUGAAUACGGAGCACACGGUGCCUAUGUUCGACAUGCAACAAGUGCAUGUCACGCUCGUUGCCACGGAUGCACCCCGGCCUAGCCAAGCAUAUUUUGGCUACGCGGGCACAUCUCAAGUGCCGCGAACCAUUCUUACUACACAGGCGCCAGAUGGUUCUGUGCCUGAAUUUUUGUCGCUCAGCUACCUCCGCGAAAUGCACCAUGUCCGCCACGCUGGAACAACAUGGGACAAACUCUAUCUUGUCAAGCUCUUUUCCCUCGCACCAUUGUCGCCCCAACAGCUGGAACGCAUAUUGUCCGGCCGCAUUGUGUGGACCAGACACCACGCAUGGAGCGCAUAUCCCCAACUUACGCCGCCUUCCAAAUGGCCCUCAUUCCACGUGGCUCAGAACCUGUACAACAUCAACGCCAUGGAGCGGUGGGUCUCUACCGUCGAGACAAGCACCAUCGCCGCGAAGAACACGGUGGCAUCCCUACUGCAAAACUGGCUCGGUGCGGGCUUCGUACUUGGCCAAAACUGCACGUGGGAGUCUGCCAGCGUCGCUGCCCAUUGGGACACAUGGGGUUGUACGUGA